AACUGUAUUAAUUAAUCCAAACGAGCGCUGGCAAGUAAUUGAAGGAUGGGGAACGAGUUUAUGUUGGUGGGCAAAUGUAAUCGGUGGAUUUCCUAAUAUUGUUAGAAACCAUAUUGCCGAUUUAGUAUUUGACGUUGAUAAGGGAUUGGGAUUAAAUGUUAUUCGAUAUAAUAUUGGAGGAGGAGAUAACCCAAGUCAUCAUCACCUAAGGCCCGGAGGUGCCAUACCUGGUUUUUUGCCGUGCCAAAACUGUCGUUAUAAUUGGACCGCUGAUAAAAAUCAAAGAUGGAUUUUAUUUGCUGCGAAAAUACGUGGUGCUGAUAUCUUUGAGGCAUUUUCUAAUAGCCCUCCAUAUUGGAUGACCUAUAGUGGUUGUUCUUCUGGAUCUGUUAAUUGCGACUCGAAUAACCUCAAUAAAUCUUACUACGAUGCAUAUGCCGAUUACCUGACCAAUGUUGUGGAUUGGUAUGGAAAACAAGGACUUAUUUUCCGAACUCUAGAACCAUUUAAUGAACCAUCAAGUAACUUUUGGUGUGCAAAUGGAUCACAAGAAGGAUGUUAUUUUAGUUGUUCUACAAUAAAUACUAUUAUUAAGAAGGUCGGAAUUAAUCUCAAAAACAAAGGUCUCUCAAAUCAGACAUCCAUUUCAGCUGCAGACGAAAAUACAAUUGAUUUAGAAGUUUAUGUCAGAGGAUGUAUUGACCCUGAUGCUAAAUUAUAUGUCAGCCAGUAUAAUACUCAUGCUUAUGAUGGAACUGAAAGAACACUACUUAAUGCUCUUUCAAAACAAGAUGGAAAAAGGCUUUGGAUGAGCGAAGUUGGAUUAUCAGCAUCACAAGAUAUGUCUGCAAGUAUCCAGCUUUCUGAAAAAAUUCUGAACGAUAUGAGAAAUUUGCAGCCUGUUGCAUGGGUUUAUUGGCAAGCAGUUGAAGAAGAUUCCAUUAACUCUUAUGGUUGGGGCUUAAUUGGUGUAAAUUAUUAUAAUUCAAGUAUUCUGAAUAUACAUUUAGGAUUCUAUGGAUUUGCACAAUACACUAAAUUCAUUCGCCGAGGAUAUCAAAUCAUUGCUUCUAACGACAGUGAUACCCUUGCAGCAUACAGUGCUGACAAUCAAACAUUUGUUUUAGUUUGCACAAAUAAGGAUACAGAUGAUGAAAUUUGGAAUUUGGAUGUUUCCUUAUUUAAUAUUAGUUCCUUUACUGCCUUCCGUACAUCCAACAAUAAUGAAACACUUACUCAACUACAAAUCGAACAAAAUAUCACCAAUGGCAUCCUAACUUAUAUACAUCCAGCUAAUUCUAUUACUACUUGGGUUUUUUCUUUGAAAAUCUAA